AUGGCUAAAACAGCGGCAGCGUACAAAGAGAAGAUGAAGGAGUUGUCCGUCUUCUCCCUCAUUUGCUCCUGUUUCUACCCCGAGACUCGCAAAAACAUCAUGUGCGAGUUUGAAGACAUGGAGGUGAAGCCCAUAGACAAGCGAGCGUCUGGCCAAGCCUUCGAGGUGAUUCUGAAGCCUGUCUCCCCCGUGUCUGAGGUGUCCCCUGGCCUCCCCUCUCCCCCCAAGAGGGACAUCUCUCUGGAGGACAUCGAGAAAAAACUGGAAGCUGCGGAAGAGCGAAGGAAGUCACAGGAGGCCCAUGUGCUGAGGGCCCUGGCGGAGAAGAGGGAGCACGAGCGCGACGUGCUCCUGAAGGCCAUGGAGGAGAACAGUAACUUCAGCCGCAUGGCCGAGGAGAAGCUGAUGAUCAAGAUGGACCAGAUCAGGGAGAACAGGGAGGCUCAGAUGGCCGCCAUGAUGGAGCGCCUGCAGGAGAAGGAGAGGCACGCUGCUGAGGUGCGUAGAAACAAAGAGAUCCGAGAGGAGCUGACAGCAUGA